GCUCCCCGCAUUGUCGCGGGCGGGAGGGGACAGGCACAGAGACCGGUCUCCCAGCAGAGCUCGGGUGCGGAAGGCCAGUGGCAGCGUAUGGAAGAGAUGGAGGAGGAACUGAAGUGCCCGGUGUGCGGCUCCUUCUACCGGGAGCCCAUUAUCCUCCCCUGCUCCCACAGCCUGUGCCUGUCCUGUGCUCGGAACAUCCUUGUGCAGACUCCGGACUCAGAAUCCCCGCAAAGCAGACGAGCCUCUGGGGUGUCCGACUAUGACUACCUGGACCUGGAUAAGAUGAGCCUGUACAGCGAGGCAGAUAGCGGCUAUGGGUCGUACGGAGGGUUCGCCAGCGCUCCCACCACGCCGUGCCAGAAAUCCCCCAACGGGGUGCGGGUGUUCCCCCCAGCCAUGCCCCCUCCCAUGCAGCCCCAUCACCAGUCCUCCGGCGCACUGCUGCUUCCCAUUGGGCCCCGCAAUUCGUGCCUCACCUGCCCGCAGUGCCACCGCAGCCUCAUCCUGGACGAGAGGGGAUUGCGGGGCUUUGCCAAAAACCGGGUCCUGGAGGGGGUGAUCGAGCGCUACCAGCAGAGCAAGGCGGCCGCCCUGCGGUGUCAGCUGUGCGAGAAGAGCCCUAAGGAGGCCACUGUUAUGUGCGAGCAAUGCGAUGUCUUCUACUGUGAGCCCUGUCGCCUGCGCUGCCACCCACCCCGGGGCCCGCUGGCUAAGCAUCGCCUGCUGCCCCCCGCUCAGGGCCGGGUGAGCAGGAGGCUGAGUCCCCGCAAGAUCUCUACCUGCACUGACCAUGAGCUGGAGAAUCACAGCAUGUACUGUGUGCAGUGUAAGAUGCCCGUGUGCUACCAGUGCCUGGAGGAGGGCAAGCACUCCAGCCAUGAGGUCAAGGCUCUGGGGGCCAUGUGGAAACUGCACAAGAGUCAACUUUCCCAGGCCCUGAAUGGAUUGUCGGACAGGGCAAAGGAAGCCAAAGAAUUCCUCGUGCAGCUACGAAACAUGGUCCAGCAAAUCCAGGUACAUUUAUCAGCUGACAAAGACACAAAGCAUAAGGAGAACAGUGUGGAGUUCGAAGCCUGCCUUGUCGCUCAGUGUGAUGCUCUGAUUGAUGCUUUGAACAGAAGGAAAGUUCAGCUUCUCUCCCGUGUGAACAAGGAGCAUGAACACAAACUGAAGGUUGUGCGAGAUCAAAUUUCACACUGUACUGUGAAGCUACGUCAGACCACAGGGCUGAUGGAGUAUUGUCUAGAGGUGAUCAAAGAGAAUGACCCAAGUGGAUUCCUACAGAUUUCAGAUGCCCUUAUUCGGAGAGUUCACCUGACUGAGGAUCAGUGGGGGAAAGGAACACUCACCCCUAGAAUGACCACCGACUUUGAUCUAAAUCUGGACAGUGCACCACUCUUGCAGUCGAUCCAUCAACUCGACUUUGUACAGAUGAAAGUUCCCUCUCUAGUUCCAGCACCACCACUCUUGCAGCUGGAAGAAUGUUGUAACCACAACAACAGUGCCACUCUGUCAUGGAAACAGCCCCCAAUGUCCAUGGUGCAAACAGAAGGGUACAUACUGGAGCUGGAUGAUGGAAAUGGAGGUCAAUUCAGGGAAGUCUUUGUUGGGAAGGAGACAAUGUGCACAGUGGAUGGCCUUCAUUUUAAUAGCACAUACAAUGCACGAGUGAAAGCGUUCAACAAGGCAGGGGUCAGCCUAUACAGCAAGACACUGGUUCUGCAGACUUCUGAAGGUCCUUUUCGCAGAAUGUCAGCUACACUUGCAGCUCGACUGCAAGUCAACUCCAUUCCCAGUCCACUUGAAUUCCUUCAGCAUGCAGAACAGGAAUCUUGUGGCUCUCCAGGUCCCUUUUCUCGAAUGUCAGCUACACUUGCAGGUCGACUGCAAAUCGAUGCCAUGCCUAGUCCACUUGAAUUCCUUCAAAGCCCAGACCAGGAAUCUUGUGCCUCGCCAGUUCCCUGGUUUGCAUUCGAUCCUGGUUCAGCACAUCCAGACAUCAUUUUUUCUAAUGACAACCUGACGGUGACCUGCAACAGCUAUGAUGACAGGGUGGUGCUGGGAAAAUCUGGGUUUUCUAAAGGGGUCCAUUAUUGGGAACUCACAAUCGAUCGUUAUGAUAACCACCCAGACCCCGCUUUUGGCGUUGCACGUGUUGAAGUGAUGAAAGAUGUCAUGCUGGGGAAGGAUGAUAAAGCCUGGGCCAUGUAUGUGGAUAAUAAUCGCAGCUGGUUCAUGCACAGCAACUCACACACAAACAGGAGUGAAGGUGGCAUCACAAAAGGGGCUACUGUUGGUGUCCUCUUAGACUUUACCAGACGUACCUUGACCUUCUCCAUUAAUGAAGAACAGCAAGGUCCAGUUGCUUUUGAAAACAUGGAGGGGUUGUUCUUUCCUGCUGUGAGCCUGAAUAGGAAUGUGCAGGUAACAAUUCACACAGGAUUGCCAGUUCCUGCAUUUUACACAUCCAGGGCAUCUUUGCAAGCCUGAACCAAACCAAGGAGAAGAGAAUAGCUUUUAUCUGCCCCUCAUCACAAAGAAACGUAUACCCGGUAACCAUUUCAUCUUUUCAACACUGAAAGGAAAAAAGUAUCAGGAUACUGGAACCAAGAAUGCAUUAAAGCGUGUAGAAGGGGCAGACUGCCAGUGUAGUCAUUGGAGGGCAGACACUUUGUCAUGAUCCAGGCAUAAAUUUGUUUUAUCCAUUUUGGAGGACAAAUUGAGCUAGAAAAAUGAUUAAUUCACUUGCCUGAGACAAUUGGAGUUUCCUACAGAUCUUGGAAGAUGCAUUAGCUAAUGGUGUUGGUUCCAUCUGAAAACUGAAAAUGAUCCAUUUGGAUGUCUACAAAUUCUGCUUCUGACAAAACAAAAAUAAUACCUUCAUUUCUUACUGUCAUUUUGUCCCAGACUCAGGUCAUGAAUACAAUGGCUCCAAAACUAAAUGGGUGUAGUUUGUGCAUUAAAAUAAACUUCUCAGAUCAUAGAACCAAUGGUGACAGGUGAAUUCCAAGAUCUCCGGCAGUGGCUUCAGCAUAUAAAUAAUAGACAUUGGUAAAAUAAUUUAUGUUGUAUAGAAUCCCAAUGUGUGAUACUGUCCAGCUCCUAGAGGUUACCAUAGACAGAGGCCUCCCAUGCAUACGUGCCAUACGCUGGCAAGUGCUGUGCCUUCUGUCUGUCUGCACAUUCGCUUUGAUGUUUGAUAACUUCUGGAGUACUUUGGGCAGGUGAAUUGUUAGGUGACAUUAAUUUUUGCAGCAUAAUUUUAUUUCUGUGUUUGGACUUUGUCAUUAAUGGACCUUUUAGCUUCAACUCCCAAAACCAAGGAAUAUAAAUGAAUUAGGGUCACACUGAAUGACUUGAAAGACUCCUCUUAUAUUCCACAGCACAUUGCUGGUUUGUUUUUUGGAUUGCCAGAAAGUGAUGUGGAUAAACUUCUAUAGCCACAGGCCUCCUCCAGGAUUCACUGCGUUACGGACUGCAAGAUAAAGCCAAGCACCCUCUACAGUUUUGUAUUACUGACCAUUAAGGAAUCCGCUAUAUCCCUGAUAAAUACCUGCAAAUUAAGGAUACACUGUAUUACCUCUAUUUUAUUUUCACCAAUCUAUAAUUUUGAAAGAAAAAUCAAGUUUUCAUGUUUCAGGUGCUUUGUGCAUUGCUAAUGCUGGUGGCAGGGUUAAACAGUAUUAAUGCUACUUUUUACACGCAGGUGUUCAUUUCAGUUGAUGAAUGGCCUCCAUAACACAUCUGGCUGAUGCACACAUUGUAUUAUGCCCACAGGACAGACCUCAGUAAACAUCUAAUGGGCUAAUUUAAACAUACAAUAUCACUUAGAGACAGAUAUGAAGCCAGACUGUCAUUUCAUUGUUUUACCCACAAAGAUAGAAUCAUUAGGGCGCUAUUCAGUUUCUCCAAGGAAUGAUUCAGAAGCUAAUGGGGUAAAACAUAAGUAUUACGCAAUAUGCCAAGAAAUGGUACUUACUCCCAUUUUAUUUUCUCCCUGAUUGCCGCCUGUAUAUAGGCAUAGAUUCAAUUUCCAGAUCCUGCUGUAUUAUUGCCCAGGCAAACAAAUGGCAUUAGUCAGGGUUUGCAGUAAGUCCUGCAGAGAAAAGUUCCUUUUCCUACUACAUGAAAAUGGCACCAGGCAUAACAGGAAUGCUAAGCAAUAUGUGUUCUACCUGAAAAUGCAGCAAGAAAAAACACUAAACCCCAAUGAGCCAUAAUGUUCUUCAGAGCAGCUUUAUUGAGCGCUGACUGCUUGACGAUUCAGACAGUGUGAUUGAAGCACAAAACAUAUUUAUUGAUCCUGCAAUUAAUAUUACACAUGCUAUCAUUAAGCUUCUCUUUUCAUGCAUCAUUUAACUCAUUCUCAAACAGCCUCUAUGAAUUUCGAUUUGUAUCAUUAAAUUCAAGGACACACACACAUUGUGUCCGUUACACAUCUAUCAUGAUAUAAAAAAAAGUCAGAAUUCAGCUUGACAGUUAAUGAUUUCUGAACUGUGCCAAUUGCUGGUGAUAGACCAAUGAUAAAUAUGAUGGACUUGUAAAACAGCAGUUACCCACAAAGGGACAGAUAAAAUGUAACUCUGUGGGCGGGACUACAGUGCAGUGUCUUUUCUUGCCAAUCAUUUGUAUACCCACUGCCAACCUUCUGCCAAAGGUAAAAGUCAUAAGACAAAGAGAUCAUUGAAUGUCCAUCCUCUUCUGUAUCUCUGUACACAUAGGGCCCCCGGAGAGACUAACCAUCUUUAUUGUGAAAAGAAAGCUAUAGACAAAAUCCCUACAUGAAAUAACUGUGUAGAUUCUUUAACCCCCUUGCCUGUAGAAGCAAUUGUAGCUGUCUAUUAUUAACUUCCCCUAUCCUGUCUAGUCUAUUAUGUUCCUUGGGGAGUCGUGGUGGACAGCAAUCUAGCAGAUUCCACAGACGUUUUACUCGAUUGGCCUGUUAAGGGUUUACACUUUUUAGGCUUUGACCUUUAGCGUAGCUUGCCUUGGCUUUUCUAUUAUUGAUUAAAAUGUAAUUUUCCCUAUUCUCUUUUCUUUUUUUUGCUGUAGGGAAGCAGGUUGCCCUCAGUGAUUAUGGAACUUUAUCUGUAUAUUUUUCCUUUGUCUUAAAAGCAUUCUGCCAAAAUUAUGCUUCAAUGUGUAAAAUUUGUUUAAGCACUACAUUUAAAGGAUAAGUAAACUUAUAAAAUGCGUAAAUGUAAAAUCAGGGUGGCGCUUUUGUGGCAAAAUGCAUUUAUAUUAACGGUACAUGUAUCCUUUAAUAUCUUGGAGUUAAAAAAUAAAUAAUGUAAUUACAAUUAGAAGUGCUUGGAAUAUCACUGUCAUCAAUUUUAUUUUCACUUAUUUUAAAGGUUUACUUAUCCUUUUUUUUUUAUUAGAGCACAAAAGAGGAUGCCCAAUUUUUUAUCAGAUGAUAUUCAGGGUGGUGUUGUGUAGUGUGGCUUUUAUUUUACCUCCCUUCCAUACAGGCAAUAUACAGUAUGUAUAGCUCAUUGGAUAAGUGGUGAACCUUGGGAUCCCUGAGCGCCCUGUGGCCACAAGGUGUGCUCCCCCUAUAGUUAUUUCACUGUUCGGGAUGCUCUAGUCACAUGCUUUUGGGCAGCAUUAUCUUAUCUGUUUGCAUUUCUUUAAAAAUACCCACUGGCCAAUCUCUGAUCUAGAUCCAAAGUGUCAAAUAGGAGAAAAGAUCUGGCCUUUCAUGGCUCUCAAGGUGGCCAUAUACGGUAAGAUCUGCUUGUUUGGCGACUGCUACCGACAGUGGGCCAAAUUGGGCUAAUCGAAUUACAAUGGCAUAUGCACCGUUGGACCAAGGGCUGCAUCAAUGAUGUGACGUCCCCGAUCCCAAGGGAAAAUCAAACCUACACGAUCGAGAUCUACCCAAUUUUAGGCCAGUUGUCGGUCAGGUAGGCCUAUCAGGGGUGCCCCAUACAUGGACAGAUAGACUGCCAAAUUGGUCUGAAGGACCCAAAUCGGCAUCUGAAAUCUGCCCAUAUAUGGCCACUUAAAGUCUGCUCAAGGGCUUGAUAAAAAAAAUCAUCAUUUAAAUUUAAUUUGGCACUCAGACAUAACGUAGAACGUAGCCCACGUGUUGAGUUGCCCAGCGCUGGUCCAGGUCACGCAGUUUAAAGGGAUAGCUAUAUGGAUAUCUAAAUAUAUACACCCAAACUGUCUUCAGAGAUCUCUAUAUUCUCAGUGAGCAAAAGUGGAGAGAAUGCCACAUGAUUAUAGCUUUGCAAUAGAGGGCGUGGUAAGGAUAAACCCUCCUGCACUAUUAAUGCCAGUUGGUACUGUCAUAUGUAUAUUGUUAAAGUUUCCAACUGUAAAUGGGAAGUAUACCUCAUUUGUAAAUGUAAUAUGCCAUUUAUUUAAUCCUGAACUGGACAGUAUGAUGAAAUAGCUUAUUGUGAGCACAAAACAUGCCUUCUGUGCAUGCUUCACUUCAUACAUAUGAAUAUGAGCUGACAUGUUGCUUUCCUCUCAGCUCAGCCUUCAUUAUUAGUAACUUGCGAUCUUAUUGUAUGGCAGUUCAUCUAUUGAAAUGAAUUUAUGCAAAGAAGGCAUUUGAGCCCAGCAAGCAUUGCCUCCAUACUGUCCUUACUAACAAGGCAAGUGGCUCACCAGGACAUUUACUUGUAGCCACCAUCUUUCUCUGGAUUAGAAUUACUUUGUCUUUAUUUCUCUAUAUCUGUGUAAAUAUAUAACACCUUCUUCAAUCCUUGGUUUCUCAGCUGUGAUGUAUUACAUUAACAUAUUGUAAGCUUUUGAUUUCAGUAUCAUGAUCCAGUGUGUCCACUGUCAUCUGAAGUGCUCACUCACUGGAAGCUGCUGUGCAAGUACCGCCAUUUUCCUGAGGGUUUUGUCCCUCCAGCAGAAAAGCACUACAGUGCACCCUACACGCUUGGCGCUUUCUAUACUGAAAGGAACACUUUGAUUAUUGUGAUUGUUACUCUUUGCCAUUGUAACCAGCAAUACCCAGCGUGUAACAAUGCAGUACGUAUGUAAAGUGCCAGAUGGACAUUCCCUGACCAUGUAAAUAGGUGACGUUGGAAUUGGUGUUACAGAUAUAUGUAGAAAGGUUACCUUUGCUAAUUUAUUUUUAUUUUCACAGGUGCUAUUUUGUCCACUUACUCUAUAUCCAUUCUCUAAUCUUAGCUGCAGAAAAAAAAUCUGUUGCUGGACAACCCCAAUGUUGUUUAUUUUUCUGAUGAGCCCCCAUGGCUGGCCCAGAGCGGGCUUAAACCUGACCUCAUGGCAAUCCCUUUAACCCAUUCUGUGCCAGAAAGGCUCUCCGGCACAUUAACAGACAAGGUGUUCGGAGAUUCCUCUGGUGGUUUCUGAAUGAUGCUUUUCAUAUUUUAUGUGACUAGUAGUACAGAUUGCUUUGUGUAGUAUUAGAUCCCUGCAGCUGCUGUACCGAAGGAAUAAAUUAUGUUUGCUGUUCCAAUAAAUGAAUUAGGAAUUGC